AUGGAGAUGGACCCGCCGCCGCCCCUGCACGCCGACCGCCGCCGCUGCCGCGAGUACCUGCUCGCGCUGGAGGAGGAGCGGCGCAAGAUCCAGGUGUUCCAGCGCGAGCUGCCGCUCUGCCUCGACCUCGUCACGCAGACCAUCGAGGGGAUGAGGAGCCACAUGGACAGCGUCGGCGGCGGCAGCGAGGAGACGGUCAGCGACCACGGCGGGCCCGUGCUGGAGGAGUUCAUGCCGCUCAAGCCCACCCUCUCGUCCUCCUCCGAGGACGACGACGAUGAGCACGACAGCUCCCACCACCACCAACACCAACAUCGCGCUGCCGGCACGGCCAACGGCGGCGUCGAUGCCGACAAGAACGACGAGGCGCCGGGGGAUCCGGAGACGGCGGCAGCAGCCAGAGCCAGCAGCAGCAGGCGGCGGUUGCCACAGCCGGAGACCAGGAAGGCGAUGCCGGACUGGCUGCAGUCCGUGCAGCUCUGGACCCAGAACCAACAACCCCCGCCGGCGCAGCACCAGGAUGAGCUGCUUCCGUGCAGGCCGGUGGCGCUCAACGCCUGCAGGAAGCCCGGGGGCGCGUUCCAGCCGUUCGAGAAGGAGAAGCAGAAGGACAAGGAGAAGCAGCGCGUUGAGCUGCCGGCUGCGGCGAGCUCGGCCGUGGUCGGGGACAGCUGCGACAGGGCCGCCACCGACACGGCGGAGAAUAAUAAGCGCAGCGGCGACAAGGAGACGAGCAAAGGCGGCAAGGACAAGGAGGCCCAGUCGUCGUCGCAGGCGCCCAGCCGAAAGCCGCGGCGGUGCUGGGCGCCGGAGCUCCACCGCCGGUUCCUGCAGGCGCUGCAGCAGCUCGGCGGGUCCCACGCGGCGACGCCGAAGCAGAUCCGGGAGCUCAUGAAGGUCGACGGUCUCACCAACGAUGAGGUCAAGAGCCAUUUGCAGAAGUAUCGCUUGCACACGAGGCGGCCGAACUCGACGGCGGCGGUCCAGAGCGGCGGCACCAGCGUAACGCCGUCAACCGCACCGCAGUUCGUCGUGGUGGGAGGCAUCUGGGUGCCACCGCCGGAGUACGCUGCCGCGGCUGCGGCGGCGGCGGCGGCUGCGGCAGCACAGCCGCACCAGGUGCACGACCUACCCGGCGACGCGUCAGGAACGACGACGACAGCCGCUAACAAGGUGUACGCUCCGGUGGCGACGACGACGUUGACGCCCGGACUGCUGCAGCCGCGUCCGCAGAGGCAGUCCAGCAGCUGCUCCGGCGGGCGGCGCAGCGGGGACGCCUGCCCUGGGUCGCCGGCCGUGUCGUCGUCGUCGCAGACCACCUCUGCGUAG